CGGAUGCAAGAGGCCGGCGGAGGGACGUCAUUGUUCCCCGACGGACUGUAACAGUAGGCGGAGCGGGCCGGGCUGAGGCGGGGGCUGCGGCGAGGGGGACCCGGCAGCGCCGAGUCAAGCGGGGCCGAGCCAGAUAUGAACAAUGACCAUAGUUAACAAGCCAAAAUCUUCAAAGUCUAAAAAAUCUUCCUCAAGACGCUCUGACAAAUCUAUGAAACCCCGUACUAAAAAAAUGACGUCUCGCACUGCAAGUCUGGGCCGGGUACCUCCUGCAGAAGAUCCAAACAAAGUCUCUGUGGACAAAGGUCCUGGGGGGCAUAUUUAUUGUAGAUCAUCUCAAAAAUCAAAGCCUUUUGCCCAAAGAGAUCUCGUUGUUAAUGAUGGGAUUGCUCCGCCACAAAGAAUUCUUUUUCCACCUGAGAAAAUCUGUAUGGAUUGGCAGCAAACACAAAGUGUUGGAGUUGGACUGCAGAACCUCGGCAACACUUGUUUCCUUAAUUCUACUCUCCAGUGCUUGACCUACACGCCUCCUCUUGCCAAUUACAUGCUUUCACUUGAGCACACCAAGUCAUGUCAUGUAGAAGGAUUCUGUAUGAUGUGCACAAUGGAAAGCCACAUCAACCAGGUCCUGUGUUGCUCUAAUAAUGCCAUCAAACCUACUUCUGUUAUCAAUGGCCUUAAAAGAAUAGGAAAACAUUUCCAUUUUGGCAGUCAAGAGGAUGCACAUGAAUUCUUAUGCUUCACUGUUGAUGCUUUACAGAAAGCUUGCUUGAAUGGAAGCACCAAAUUAGACAGAUCUUCUCAAGCCACCACACUUAUUUAUCAAAUAUUUGGAGGAUAUCUAAGAUCUCGAGUAAAGUGCUUGAACUGCAAAGCAGUGUCAGAUACGUACGAGCCAUUCCUCGACGUGACUUUGGAUAUAAAGGCAGUUACAUCUGUCACCAGAGCUCUAGAACAAUUUGUGAAACCGGAACAGCUGGAUGGUGAAAAUAGCUAUAAGUGUAGCAAGUGUAAAAAGAUGGUUCCGGCAUCAAAGAGAUACACGAUACAUCGCUCUUCCAAUGUUCUCACAAUAUCACUGAAAAGAUUUGCAAAUUUUACAGGUGGAAAGAUCAACAAGGAUGUAAAAUACCCUGAAUAUUUGGAUCUUCGAGCAUAUAUGUCCCAAUCUAUUGGAGAGCCCCUCAUCUAUGCUUUAUAUGCAGUUCUUGUACAUAGUGGCUUCAACUGUAAUGCUGGACACUAUCUCUGCUUCAUCAAGGCUGGUAAUGGACUUUGGUACCGAAUGAAUGAUGCCUCAGUAGAGCUUUCUGAUAUCAAGACAGUUCUCAAUCAGCAAGCUUAUGUACUUUUUUAUAUCAGGCGCUACGAUCUGACGCUGGGGGAGCGCGCCUUCUACCUGCCCGCGCCCUCCUACCCGCGCUCCUUCCUGGGCCAGCGCGGCGCCAGCAGCAAGCAGGCUGCGUUCAUGGGACCACGGCUUCCUCCUCACAUGAUCAAGAGUUCAAGUCGUUUAAAUGGAAAUGGACCCUUAAAAGAGGAUCCCAGUACUGUUGGUGUUGCUGUAAAAAGGCCAUCUUCAGCUCCACCAACAGCUUGUGUUCAAAACUGGGCAAUUUCCAGGCCUUCAAUGGCAGACCCUUCCAAAACCCAGAAGAUCACGAUCAGUAUUCACAACAAGCUGCCCCCACGGCAGGCGGUGCCGCAGGCGGAGUGUCCGAGCAGCGCUGUGGAGGAGGAGGGUCUGAAGCCCCUUCCUUCAGCCACAAUUACAAACCCUUCUGCAGCAGAGCCUACCUCAAACCUCUCCACAGUGUCAGUUGCUACUAAUGCCUCCAAGCAGGAGGUUCCUGAUGAGAUCUUCGUUGAGCCAGCAGUGAAUGGAAACCCUAAGCUCUGUGCUGAUAACAUGGUCCCUUACGGUGCAGAGCCUUCAGGAAAAUCCGAGGAGUCAAAGGGCUUGUUCAAAAGGCAUUGCAACGUCAUUUCUUCCAAUGGAAUUCUGCUUGGGAAGGUGGUCCGUACAUUGCAUAAUUCCCAUUCAUCCUGUCAGAAUGCUGAAGAAAGAUCCCAGCAUGAGCUGCCAAAAAUUGAUUCCCUAAAUGGUGCUAUUAGUUUAGAUAAUGAAUAUAAAGAAAAUGGACUGAAACUUGAUGAUUCCACUUGCCAAGUCCAACCCGUUAAACCUUCUGAGAUUUUCUUCUCUAAAGCAAAUGGAGUGCUUGAAGCGAUGCCUAAAGCUUUGUCACCAGAUCCUCAAGGUAUCUUAGAAUCUCUUACAUACAGCCAGUUGAACAGCUUGUCGGAGGAAAAGAGUGUCUCUGGACCUCAGAAAUCUUCUGACAAUGAUGGAGUUACGGAUCCUGUAGUGAUGGAAGCACUGUUUGCCUAUGAAGAAUCCAGGAAGGUUCCUUCCAACUUUAGCUGUGAGGUUGAGAAACUUUUUACUCAAUCAGAUUCUGAAACCAUUUUUACCAAAGAAGAAGUUGCUGAAAGUAUUAUAACAAAAGCUGAUAAUGCACAUCUCAAUAUCAAUGGUCAGCACAAGGUUAGGAAAAAAUCCUUGGAUAGUGAAGGUGAAUUCCUUGGGCAGUGUGAGUCUGAAGACAUCAGAGAUAAAGAAAAACUAAGAAGAUCAAAAGAACCUGAACUCAUUUCAAAAGAAAAUCCUUUGUACAUCAAAGGAUCUCCUGAGAGCAAAGAGAAAUUAGGGCAAAUUUCCUCUAUAAAGCCUGACAUUGAAUGUAGUUCUAAAAAACUUGCAUCUCUAGAUAUUACAGACAAAUGCCAAGAUACAAAGGACAUUUCUAAUAACUAUGUAGAGGUACCACCCGUUAAUGACUCUUCUAUUACAAAGCUGGAUAAAGUAUUGGAAAGUCAAUUUUCUAGAGCAGACGAGGGACUGAGUAAUAAAAUAUGUGAAGAUGAUGAUAAACAUAUGAAAAAAAAUAAGAAAAAAAUCCAUGACUCUAAAAGAACUGACAAAGAGCACUACCGGAGGAAGAGAGAAAACUCGGACACGGAGGAGAAGGAGAGGCAAACCAGAAACAAACCAGAUGAUCAUUCCCACAGGAGGAGGAGCUCUCACAGCAUGGAAACAAACAAGCAAAGCCGUCACAAGCAGGAGUAUUGCAGUGAGAGCAAGUACAGAUCCUCCCACAACGAAAGAAACAGUCCCAGUAAUGGCAGGAGCUCAGGAAAAUACUCUCGUUACAGAUCCCGAAGCAGAGAAAGGACAGAUCCAGACAGGAAUAGGUAUUAUUAUUCCAAAGGAGACAGACCUUGGAUUAGAGAAAGAUACUAUCAAGAUGAACCACGGAGAUGGGAUAAAUGCAGGUACUACAAUGAUUAUUAUUCCUCCCAUGGAACAAGGGAUGGCAGGGAGAGGAGGUCCUCUCAUUGUGAUAAAGACUAUGACAAAUUGAGCCAAGCUUACAGCAGGUCACACAAGGAUUAUCACUGCAAAAGCAGAUGGGCUCACAGCACACUCUCCCGAGAGGAGGACGUGCAUCACUUCAGCAGCCACAGAGCAAACUUCCACCACUGUUCAGUACCUCAGCAGCACUCGGAAAAAUAUUCCCGUGAGAGGCACGCACUUCCACCCGUGUCAGCUCACUCAAACUUUGAGGACUCUUCCCGGGAAAGCGAAAAAGAAAAACUAAGAAAUGGCAAAAGAAAAUACUCCCACCAAGAAGAAAGUGGAAGUGACAUAGAAAAGAAAUGCAGAAAGACAGAUGACCAAAGAAUCAAAAAGUAUAAGAAGGUCAAGAAGAAAAAGAAGUCCAAAGAUAAACAUCGAGAGAAGGAUUACAAACUUUAUGAUUUGGAUUGCUCUGUGCUCCACUUUGACAAUGACAAUCGCAAACAUAAGAAAAAGAAGAAAAAGAAGAAGCACGACAGGAAACUGAAAGACUUAUUGGAAUAUUUAGAUCCUCGUUUCCAGAAGAAAACAUGGGAGAAGAAGGAAGAAUCCCGUCCUCCAGAUGACCAUUUAUGUGAGCAAUACAGAACCCAGGGCAGUAAACAACCCUCCAAGGAAGAGAAGCCUUCUGGUGCAGGUGACAGCAAGAAAUACAGCUCCAUGGCAUCCACUGAGUAUGUCAGAGAUGUGGAGCUGACUGAUGAAAGCCUUCAAUACUCAGACUGAACCCACCACCAACCCCAAGGACUUCUGACCACCAACCCCAACAACCCUUCACCUUCAAAACCAACAACUUCUCAUCAUCAAAACCAACGACUUCUUACCUUCAACGACUUCUUACCUUCCAACCUGACAUUACCAAUAGUGACCAUCAAAACUUAAGAUUUAUUAUCAAUUACCAUCAAGACAAAAUCCAGUCAUAAGUGGUGCUUAACAUUUCUGUACAGAAUUUUACCAUAUAAGAACUUUUUUUUAGUUUUUAACUUGAGACUUUCUUUUUUAAAAUAUACUUCUAAUCCAAAAGGGUGAAAACUUUUUACAACUGCUGAACAUUGUAAAUUACCACAUAAAUAUCUCACUGAGCUGAGAUAAUGCCCUGGAAUAGACCAUCUCAAAUGCUGCUUAAUUACAGACUCAGGUUGACUUUAUGUUAUUCAUGUAAUGUUACUCCAAGUUAAGACAUCUGGUGCAAGAGCGACCAGGAAUUAUAAAAGUUGCAACUGACAGUCUGUAUAUUUAAUUUAAAGACUUAUUUAAAACUUCACAAGUUUUGCAAGAGCUUCAUUUUUUUUUUUCCUGUGGUCUGACACUAGAAACUAAUUUACUUCACAUUUGAGUUAUAUUCAAGAUCUGAAGAAAAUCUUCUGGUUUUCGACAUUGUGAAACAACAAAUAUGCAGUUCUGAAUGUAUCUCUCAAGACUAUUUGUAUAUUGUUCCAUAUGUUUUUAUUACAUUUUCUUAAUAUACUGUCAUUUGUCUUAAGUCUCAGUUGUCUGUUUUGUCUCUCUAAAGUGUCUAGUUACAGACAAAUUCAUACUGUGAUUUUUAUUUUUAUUAUUAAAUGCUAUCAAACUGUGAUGCACUUAUUAUUCACUGGUCCUGCAUCAGGAGAUGAGUGGGGAACCUGUAUUAAAUACAGUUCAUCUGAAUAAUCUGUCUGGUUUAUACAAGCUGUGUUGUUCAGAGAUGUCUAAAGUUUGAUCUUUGUUUUUUUAAAGAUAAAAAGCACUUGCCCCACUGUAAAUAUAUAGCAUGUAAAAUUUAUAUAGUAUAUAAAUACAGCAAAGUUAAAAUGGAUUUUUACUUGAGUUCUACUUGAGUUAUUUAACAUGCACUGUGUCAUGGGAGCUGACAGCUGUCAGGGGCUGUUUGACACUCCAGAAGUCACAUCUUCCUCUCAGUGCAGGGGAGAAGAUGCUGUUGGUGUGAGCCAGAGAAGAUCAGUAACCUGGGACUGCAGCUGCCUAGACAAGGAUGCUGAAAUGCUGAAGGCUUCUCCUUUGAACUUAAAGCUUCCACAGCCAGGCACCAGGCUGGGAGCUCAGCAGGAGCUUGGUAUUGUGUAUGAAAAAAAAAAAAAA